GCCGAAGCUGGAUUUGGGGAAUUCAAAGCCUCGAAUGGAUGGUUGAACCGAUUUUGCAUCCGGCAUCAAAUCGUAUUCAGGAAGAUACGUGGAGAGUCUGCUGUGUUCGAUUGUAGCGAUAGCGAAGAAUGGAUUAAAAAAAUGAGAAGUACUAUAGAAGAAUAUCAGCCUAGAAAUGUGUAUGCAAUAGAUGAAACUGGGUUGUUCUUUCGAGCCCUUCCGGAUAAAGCGAUCAACUUGAAAAAUGAAUUUUGCAUUCUUGGUGAAAUGGCCGAAGAACGAUUAACAUUACUUCUGGGAGCGAAUAUGGAAGGUGAAAAGUUGAUACCUUUGGUAAUUGGAAAAGCACCAGCAAAUGGUUUUAAGGAACUGAGUGUACUUAAGGCAUCCAUUGAGUGUCAGUUUAACAGAAGAGCGUGGAUGAAUGCUGAUAUCAUGAUGGAAUAUUUGAGAAAUUUAGACGAACUGUUUGUCAAAGAAAAUAGGAAUGUUUUAUUGUUCGUGGACAAUGCUAUAUGCCACCCUAGGGAUAUUCGCCUAAAGAAUUCUAAGAUAAUUUUCCUUCCUCCACAUGCAUCAAAUUGUCACCCUCUUGAUCCCAUAAUCAAAAACCUGAAAGUUCAAUAUCGACAAUUGCUGUUAAAGCAUCUUAUCCGGAAAACGAAAAGAAAUGUAUCUGCUAUAAAUGUUGCUGAAAAAAUCAGCCUUUUAGAUGCAGUUGGGUGGAUCAAACAGGUGUGGAAUAAGGUUGAUGAAGAAACAAUAAAAGAUUGCUUUCAAAAGGCUGGCUUUACGGAAAGGGUCGUUCCAAAAUCUGAUCCCGAGGAAAACGAAAACUCCCGAGUUUUGCAAGAUUUAAUGGGGAAAUGUGGAUUCGGAGAGGUGUUAUCUGAAGAAUUCGCUACCAUGGAUUCAGAUCUUGCAAUAGAGGAAGAAGUUAAAGAAAUAGCAGAUAUCGUGAAAGAAUUUUCCGCCGAGCAUUCUCAAGAAGAAAAUCAAACACCUCAGUGUGACGAACUUGGCACCAAUAUCGAAGAAGAAAAUGAAAUUUGUAGCAUAUUAAGUGAAUCAGAAACGUCUCGUGUACCACUGCAUUCUAAUACUUAUGGCGAUAUAAAGCCCUGCUUAGCGCUAAAUGUUCCUAAUGAUUGCACUGCUGCAAACGAAAUGGGUAGCAUUGAAAAAGAGAUAAAAUCGUCCUCUCAUCUGUUUCAAGUGAAAUCUGAAGUCGAAAACAGUGAUGACGAGUCCCUGAAUGAUCAGUCUGCUCCCAAGCUGUGUGACAGAAUAAUGCCUAAAGAAUGGAAUGGGCCAUCAGAUUACUUUGCUGCUGGAAUGUUUGCAAACCAAAAUAGAAAAGCCAUUUUUCGGUCCAUUCUCUCUCCAGAAGGCCAUGCUCGACCCUUUAGUGCAAUGGAGUUUGAAGAAGCAGCUGAUCUUUCUGUAAAGAAAGAGAAGCCCAGUAGUUAUGACAGUAGAGACAAAAGUUCAUAUCAAUCUUCAUACAGCUUGGACGAAACAAUGGAUCUGAGUACGAAAUGGCGUGCACCCCCUACCUCAGAACGUAAAGCUGCCACCUCAAUAGGUUCUACUUUUGCACAACCAGCAUCUGCCUCCAGUGCUUCUGAAACCGACAGGACAAUGUCAGACCACAAAAGAAGCAAAUCUGGACAUCAUUCACGGAUGUUGCCCAGGAAGAGACUCCACAUUGCUCCGAACAUGGAAUCUCAACCACUUCAGAACAGUGCCAGCAGCUGUUCAUCUCCGGACGUCAUAGUGCUCUCCGAUGAGGACAAACCCCGGUUCAAUGGACACCUCAAUGGGUAUGAGAGUGAUUCCAAGAACUCUGACUCGGAACUAUCAGAGAUGCCUCCCCUUCCCCCAGAAAAGUCUUGGGACCCUGAAAAACUAAAAGAAAAGCGAAAGCUGCUGAGGGAACUCAGAGAUGAACUGAGAAGUGAGGAAAUGAAAUUGGUCCUACUGAAGAAAUUGCACCAGAGUCAGAUGAUCAAGGACAACUUGUUGAAUCAGGCUGCUGCUGCUGCAGUGGCUGGUAAAAUGGUUCCUACCACAAAUAGAGGUGCCUCAAAUGCUGCUCCACCACCUUUAGUACGUAGUGGCCAAAUUCCACAGCCAUCAAAUAAAAUGCUUAGUCAACAGCUAUCUCAUCAGUCUGCACUGCUGAAUACUCCACAGAUGUGCAACCAAAGUGCCCAUGGAGGUCCCCCUCCUUUGAUUGGUCAGCGGUGCAAUAACACGACUGGUGGCAAUAGCUCAAACACUUCUUCCUCAAACUUGAUGAGUGGAAUGAUGAGGCCAGGCAGUCACAACUCUGUGUCUAGAACCCCUGUAACAACACCACCAAACAUGGUGAUGGGAUAUAAUUUACACAAUCUCCAACAGUCCGUGCAAAAUAACCAACAUCAGCUCUCUAUGACACAGACUACUCCUCAGGCUUGUCCAUCUCCCUCAUCUAUCCAGCCCUCCCAAUUGGAAAGGAUGGACAACCAGACUCCAGCUCAGAGGCAAGCAGCUGCAAAACUUGCAUUGAGGAAGCAACUGGAGAAAACACUCCUUCAGAUACCUCCUCCAAAGCCUCCUCCUCCAGAAAUGCACUUUGUGCCUAAUGCAAACAAUCAAGAGUUCAUUUGUUUGCUGGGACUGGAAAAAGUAGUGGACUUCUUGACGGAAGAUCCAAACAUUAACCGACCUCCACCAGAACCUUUUGAGUGCGUUCAGUGUGGUACAGACUUUAGUCCUGUAUGGAAGUGGCAGGAUGCUGGACGAUCUCGCAUGCACAAACCCUCAGUCAUUUGCGAAACUUGUGUGACCUCUAAUAUUAAAAAAGCUUUAAAAGCAGAACACACCAAUCGUUUAAAGACUGCAUUUGUUAAGGCAUUACAACAAGAGCAGGAAAUUGAGCAGAGAAUGUCCCAGGCUAUGCCUAGUCCACCUCCCCCAGUGGGAAUUUCCCCCACUCACACACCCUGUUCCACGCCCACUCCAGCAAUAGUGACAUCUAGUGGACCUUCCCCGCCUGCCCCCCACAGCCCCGUACAUGGUUUGAUGCAAAAAAUGGGUGCUGGAGCAGGUGCUAUGGUGAGCUCGGCAUCUCUCCUACAGCAUCUGCCCAAGUUGAGUGCAGCACAUCAGUCGUUGCUCCAUGCGCAGGCCCAACAACUCCAGCACUUUGCACAGACAAUGCCUCAGCCCCAGCCAGCCCACAUGUUGCCCUUUGCUCCUCUAUUGGCAGCCCAAGCUUAUUCAUAUCAACUCCUAGGAAAAAAUCCCAUGAGCUCUGCUGAACUUCAGCGGCAGUAUCUGCUGGACAUGAUCCCACCACGUUCUCUCCCUCAAGGUUCCAUCAAUUGGAAGACAUGAUCUUUUUGUAAAUAAAGUAGAAUUUUCUUUCCGUUUUCAUUCGCAUAGAAAAGUGAAUUGACCUUUCACACCCGCAUUUGUGUGAAAGUUGUACAGUUUUCAAGAAUCUCCGGUGACUCCUACGUCAGAGAUUGAAAUGGCUGGUGGAAGUUGCUCUACUUUCUGAAAUUGCAGCUGCAUUUCCAGUGAUGCUGACCUCUAAUAAGACGCAUUUGUCGUUUCCAGGUUCUUUUCCCCGAUGCUCUUCACUGCACUACAUUCAGUGACAUUCAUGUAUCGAAACAACUGUAAGAAUAGUCAGGAAAUUUUCAUUAUGAUAUUAUACAAAGCCUGUUGUAAUUAUUACACCUUUCCGUUUCUCACUUUUUGCCUAUUUUAUAUUUUAAGCACUGAUUUUCAAGAAGCUUGUGGCUUAUGUGUUUUGAAAUAUUUUAUAAGGGAAUCAGAUGGAAAGUAUAAAGAAGUGCAGUUUUUACCCCCUUCAAAUGAUUGUGAUUAAAAAUAUCCAAGUGGUGUUUUGACCUAGUAAAACUCAUAGCUGCAGCUGUAAAAUAUUUUCAUAAAAAAUGCCUUUAGGUAUGGUGAAAACUGCUCAAUAUUUCUUCAUUUGUCACGAUUAUAGCAAAGGGUAAAUUUUCCCCCCAUACAACUGAAAAAGCUCACCCGUUGAUUUUCUUACAUGAAGAAUCUGAAAAGGAUAUGUAGUUAUUCUUAAGAUAUAUUCAGGUUUUUUAAGGUUGGCAUCUCUGCAUGAAUGGAAGACUUGUCCAGCAUCAAUUUGGAUGAAAAAAUAAAUCAGGUGCAAAUGCUUGAAAUUUUUAUUUUCACUUUUCUUUAUUUGCAUUUGUUUUUGUUUCUGCCACAUGCAGUAUUCCGGCAACUUCAUUUUUAUGGACUAUUUUUCAGGCCAAAUUUCAUUCUCAUUUUUUGUUAAGUGUUGUUAUACAAAUUAAUGAAUGCUACUUGCAUGGCAUUUGGUUUUAAUUAUUAUGUGUGAAAAGUUGUGUACAGUAAAGAACUUUGGCUGUAUUCAUCAUUUGUACAUUAUUUAUUGCAUUUCGUUCGAAUAUUUAUGUGAUUUCUUGAAUCAUUUUCCCAAUGGUUAUAGAUGGAAGUAGCAUCAUUUAAAGGAGCAAUCCAUUUCUUCGACUUUUGGAUCCUGUUACCCAAAUACUGCCUUCAAUAGUUGAUCCAAUUUUCAAUGACUUUUCCAUUUCACAAUCAAUGGAAUAGCUUUUCACUUUUUAAAGGCAAAAUUUUAAAACUGUGAUGUAUAUUUUUAAUCUGCUUGUACAUCAUGCACCAAAACGGCAUUUUUCGAGCUUUUAUGUGUAAAGGAAACUUACAUUCUGUGUCAAAAAAUAGGGCUUGGGAAGCUGUUAUAUGUAAUGCUUUGUUACCUAAUGAGCUCAGGGUGUUACUAACUGCUGGAUUUUUAAACAUCGAAUACUGUUGAAAAAUGACAAAAAGUGUUUCUUUACAUUUUCUUCCAUAUCUCUUCACAACUUGUUUAAAUCACUUGUGAUACGAUUCUGUUAUACUUAAAUCGUUAUUUUUCUUGUUUAGUUAACAAGGUGAUACACUAAACUAUUUCUCUUAUGAAUGUGUUCUUAACCAAUUAUUUAUCAAAUAAACCAAGUAUGUUUGAAA